AUGAUGUCAAUAAAUUCUAAUGAAAUCUUUCCAUUUAUUCAAUUUAAUGGUCAAACAUCACGUGAACGUGGUUAUGAACAUGGAACAAUAUUAUCCGAACGUAUAGAUAAAUCAAUAAAGAUUUAUCGUGAACAAUUUUCUAAACAAAAAAAUUUUAAUGAAAAAUAUAUUUUAAAUUUAUGUGAACAAUAUCAUCGAGGUAUAUCAUUAUUUUCGAAUGAUUAUUUAGAAGAACUUGAUUCAAUAGCUAUAUCAUCUAAACAAGAUCCAUUGUGGAUUAUUGCAUUAAAUUGUCGUUUAGAAAUUUUAAAUCAUUUAUCAUUUGGUAUACAAAAUGAAUGUACAGUUUUAUAUGAUCAACAAACUUGUCAAUUAGCUGAAAAUUGGGAUUGGAUACAAGAUUUUGAAUAUUUAGCGUUUAUUAAUUAUAUAAAAUCCAAUGAAAUUUUACAAAUGACUGAACCUGGUGUCUUAGGAAAAAUUGGUUUUAAUUCAUAUGGCAUUGGUAUUACGCUAAAUUUUGUUGAUUCAUCAGUUCAAUCACCAAAUCCUUCAUAUAUACCGUUACAUAUUUCAUUACGAACUGUACUUGAUCAAGCAAAAACUCUUGAACAAGCGUUAAAUAUAUUUGAACGAAAUGGGCCUGGUUUUGGUGGGCAUGUUCUUGUUGGUGAUGAUCAAGGUCAAUGCUGUUGUGUAGAAUUUCCAGGUGAUAAAGUUCAUUUUAUUCGAAAUCAUCCGUAUCAUACAAAUCAUUUUCUAUAUACAAAUAAUAAUGAUCAUAUUAAAGAUAAACCACGUUAUCGAAAUUCAUUAGAUCGUUAUGAACGAGUUCAACAACUUUGGGAAAACAAAAAACCAAUAGAAUCAAUUUUGUUUGACUAUGAUGAUAAACAAACAUACCCAAUAUGCAGAUUAUAUAAAUCAACAGAUUUCGGUGCUGUUGGAACAGUUUGUUCAUUAAUUAUGAAUUUAAAAGAAAGAACAAUGAAUAUUACUAAAGGCAGUCCAAGACAAUAUCCAAAAUUUCAUCAAUUUAAACUAGACAAAGAAAAAGGUGUUAAUUAA